AUGUCGAGCACAAGCUAUAUCAUUUCUAAGCAUAUAAUAGAUCCGAUUCCGAGUACCCCUUGUAGUGCUUUAUCAAAUAGUUAUUUGCAGGAGACUGAGUAUAAUUCAGAUAUUGAUAAUUCGAUCAGGAAUGAAAUAGAGGAUAAAUUUUCGAAAUCAAAAAUAAACCAAACUUAUGUCUUCCCAAGACUAAAGCCACCAAUUACAUUGCAGGGAAAAUUUACAAGGGCGACUUCUAAGCACCAUUCAUUAAUAUAGCUAAUUACAUUAAAUAUGCUUAAAAUGAGGCAAAAAAUAGCUAUAUAAUUCAUAAGCUUAAGAAUUUAUGAAGCACGGUAUAUCGGAAACUGAAAAAAAUAAUUCAAGGCUUGAACUUUCUUCGAAAAAGAAAUUGCUUAUAUACAAGACGUACAGUGAUCAAAAUAAAAGCCACUUAAGAAUGAAAUCUUUAAGCUUAAUAAAAGCUGAUUUAAUAUCAAAUCCUAGGCACAAGAGGGUUGAAAGCGAUAUAACUUCUUAUCCAAGCAAAUUUUUAAAAUCACCUUAUCUACGAUCGCCUAGAAAACUCCCGAAGUUAAAGUCCUUAAUAAAGAAAAAUUUAACUCAUAUGAGAAUCAAAGGAAAUUUGCCAACGAAAGAAGCUUAA